AUGGCGAAUAUGAAAGGAGAGGUGGGAAUAGCAGCAUCAGUAGUUAGUUAUGUUACAAGUCCACCAAGAGCCCAAACUGAGAAGCUGGUAGAGGUAGAUAGUGCCACCGGUUCCACGCUCAACAACAAUGGAGAAAGAGAAACGUUGCUGUCAUGA